AUGUCUCGACGAUGGGUUUUGACCGGACAAGAGGGCUUCGAGACCUCUCUGGAGUACCAGCGGGAUGUAAAAGUCCCAUCUGCAAGCGAACUCGGGCCCAAGGAUGUCCUGGUUGAGCUGCACGCUGCCAGCCUCAACUACAGAGAGCUUGUCAUUGCUGGCCCGGCUGGUAUCAACGGCCCCAUCAACCCACCAAUCGUCCCCGGAUGCGAUGGCGCCGGUGUCGUCAAGGCUGUCGGUCCAGCCGUCCGAGAAUUCCACGUCGGAGACCGUGUCAUCACCUACCUCGCCCCCAAGCUCGCCGAGAGAGACGGCGACGAUGCAUUGGCUGGCUUGGCAGACGCCGUGCUCUGUCUCGGCCAGGGAGACGAUGGGACUCUGCGGUCACACGGUGUAUUCCCGGAGGUCGGCCUCGUCCAUGCGCCCAAGUCACUGGGAUGGCUGCCUGCUGCAACGCUGACUUGCAACUGGACCACGGCCUGGAACGCCUUUUUCGGCCUCAAGGGCCACCAUGUUGAGCCUGACUCCUGGGUCCUGGUCCAAGGGACCGGCGGCGUCAGCGUUGCCUGCUUGCAACUCGCCGCUGCAGCUGGGGCCAACAUCGUUGCGACAACCUCCUCGGAUGAAAAGGCCGCUCGUCUCAAGGCUCUCGGUGCAAAGCACACAGUCAAUUACAGGACGAGCCCGGAUUCCUGGGGUCAAGAAGCCCGCGCUUUCACUCCUAGCGGGCGAGGCUUCGAUUUUGUCAUUGACAUUGGUGGCAAUGAGACGCUCGCGCAAUCUCUAGCCUCAGUUCGCGUGGACGGUCUCGUCCAGGUGAUCGGCGGCGUUGGAGCAAACGCGGAUGCAGUGCCCCUAUUCUCUGUUCUCCUCCAUACCUGCGUUGUUCGUGGUAUUUUGGCUGGCAGUAGAACACAUCUCAAGGAGGCAGUGCGCUUUAUUGACGAGAAAGGGAUCGUACCCGCCGUGGACGAUAUAGUUUUCGAGUUGGCGGAGGCAAAAGAAGCUUAUAGACGCCUGAAGGAGAAGAAGCAUUUUGCCAAGGUGGUCAUCAAGAUUGAUCAUCCAGAGGCUUGA